CGGGUGCUGACUGACUACACACACAUGCACGCACGCACACCACGGCGGGUGCUGAUUGACUACGCACACACAACAUGGCGGGUGCUGACUGACUGCGCACACACAAAAUCCUCCGUUCCUAUCCUACUCACCGUUAGAUGAGCUGUAGGCGAAGUAGCCUCAUCAGAGACUACUUGCGUUAAACAGCAAAGUCUCAGAGCUUGGCGUCUUAAAUCUUUUGUCGACUUUUGUAAACAGGUCCUGCCUUUCUCUGCGUGCAGUAUCACGUAAAAAUACGUAAUGUUGGGUCGCCAUGGAUGUUUAUAGAGGGGGGUUCCGUUUAAUUUAAUAUUGCAUAGUUUACAAAACUCCCGCUCAGCCCCUUGCAGUUUACGCGUGACUGUGACGAGUGUGUCUCUAACCUUCCGGGAGUAGUAGCAGGAUUUGAUACAUUUCAAUUCAAAAAGUUCACUGUAUCCGGCCCUUUACCUUUUAAGCUAACAUAUAUAUAAAAUAAAUAAAUAAUAUAACUUCAGAAUAAUCUGGGGGCCAGUUAUGGCCCGCGGGCCGCCAAUUGCCGACCCCUUUCCUUACUUCCCGUUUUUAAGGAGCUCUUAUUUUAGUGUUUGACUACAAAGUAAUUGCUUUGGAUCUGUGUGGGUGAUAUUGCUUUUCAUUACGAAGCACUUUGUUAGUGCUAUACAAAUAAAGUCUGAUUUUAGUAGUUGACAACUAAUUGAUUAACUGACUUAUCUUUGCAGCUCUACAAAGAGGCGUUGUCUUGAGCAUCCAUCAGACACGGAUGAAAUGGGUUCAAGUGACUCAACAAUCAUUCUGGAUCGGUCCACAGAAGGAAGUGACAGCCAAGGCUCAGAAAGUCAGUUAGAAGGAAAAAGGAGAUCCCAAAGCCUGCCUGAAGAAGCACCCUCUGCCCUGUCCAGUCCUGAUGCUGAGUUUGUCCAACUGUCUCAUGACUCUAACAAGUCUGCAGAUGUUGACAGUCCAGACUCCUACAGUCCAGCGAUCUUGGCCAAGCACUACAAGACCCUACAAACUUUGUAUAAAAGAAAAAAUCCAAACCACCAGGAUGUCUCUCAUCUCUUGGAUUUAGAAUUUGUAUCCCGGAGAGCAUUCAUUGACUCAAAUACCAUUCGCGAGGAGGACAGACACGAGAAAGUUCUAGAUGCAUAUCAAUGUUUCAGGGACGUUGGACAUGUGAUGGAGGAGCUUCAACGCAUUCUGGAUAAGGAUAACACCAACUUCAUCGAUGAACUGAAAGGAAGAUGGCAUGACUUCUGCCAGAAGGUGCAGUUUUUUGGUGUAUGGAAAAAGGCGUUGAAACCCCCAAUGGGAAUGGACAAAGCUGAACAGGCUCUUGAGAUCCUACGUGUGCUGCCAUCACUGUUCCCCUCCACGUCUGCUCCUCCAAAGAGGGUACGAAAUGCGAGUGAGGCUCUGGUGCAUGUCCUCGAGGAAACGGAAGACCCCAAUUCAUACCUGAAAAAACGGCCUCUCUCCUGCCCAGUCCUGAUUGUCAGUCCGUCCAACUGCCUCCUAGCGGUAGGAGAUGUGGGAAUAACCACCUUUCCAAAAGACAAGCUUACCGAGAGUGCUUUAUACCUAAUGGCCUACUAUUAUACCCUACACCUGACCUAUCCAAAGUGUGUAGCCACUCUGCUUUCGGUCAUCCAGACGGAGGUCCUCUUAGACAAAAUCCAUGAGAGAGAUCUCACAUCGUCUUACAAGAAGAGCAUGGCUGAGUGGGAAGCUUUUAUUGGCCAAUAAAACCACUGGUCAGAUAUGUGGUGUACAGGAUAGCACUUCCUCUCUCCCGCCAAGGUUGCCACAGUCCAUGUUCAUUGCAUGUUUUCAUGUUGGAGUUCCAUAAAUACUGUGAGCCAAAAUGUUGAAGAAAUUAAGAUGUUUCCCUUUUAUGUUCAAUUAAAAAAAUUGGGUUAAAUGCAGGACUAGUUUUCAUUUAUUCUGUCUUAUAAUAAAUAGUUAAUGUCUUGAAUCUAGUAGGUGAAUGUCUUGAAUUUAGUAGGUGAAUGUCUUGAAUCUAGAACAGUAUUACUUUUGUAGAGCUUAAAAUAAGGUAAAUACACUUGAUGACAGGAUGGUAAAUUACUUUUUAUAAUGGUAAAAGAGUCAGGAAGGCUAACUUCAAGACAUUUUGUCUCAAAAUGCCAUUUUCUAAUCUUAUUUCAAGUAGCUGGUGGACUUAAAUCUAAAACAGUGUAACAAUUAUAUAACUAAAAAUGUGUUAAAUACACUUGAAACAAGCAGGAUGACAAAAAAAAGAUACUGCUUUUUAGAGGAAAAUACUAUUUUUGAGCAUGACAAGCUUAUUAUGAGACACACAACAUCACAAUACUAGUAAAAUAUAGCUAAAAAUGAGUUUUCCCAGCUAAUUUCAAGAUCUGGUGGACUUAAA